UAAAUAUUGGCCAAUAAUCACCCAACAAGUUGGUGCGCGCUGUUUGGUCUUGUCAAUACACGUUUACUAUCGCCGCUGUUAGCUAGCUCCGAAAUGUCGAGGGUUUUCUUGGCGUUUAUUGCAGUGGCCUUUCACGCACUGUCUCUGGGCUCUAUAGGUGCCAUAUCAUCAAUGUCUAUAGACUUAGGGACUGAGUUUAUGAAAGUUGCGGUGGUUUUGCCCGGAAAACCUAUGGAGAUCGCCCUUACUCCUGAUUCUAGAAGAAAAACUUCAACUGCGAUCGGCUUCAAAAACAAUGAAAGGUUAUUUGGCAGUAACGCGAUCAGUUUAGCUUCAAGAAAUCCUGAAUACGUAUUCCAGUCCAUUCCGUCUCUUCUUGGGAAGUCUAUAGAUCAUCCAAUGGUGAAACUCUUUCAGGAACGUUAUCCUUACCACAAUUUGUCUUAUGAUGCCACAUCUGGACAACUGUUUUUCACUCGAAAAGAUGGUGUGGUGUUUUCGGUUGAUGAACUGGUCGCUAUGCUUCUUGAAUAUGCCCAUAAUUACGCUGAACUCUAUGCUGGUUCUAUUAUCAAGACUUGCGUGUUGACUGUACCUAGUCAUUUUGGUCAGGCUGAAAGGCGCCGCUUAAUACAAGUGUCUGAAAUAGCUGGCUUAAAUGUCCUUCAAAUAAUUAACGACAAUUCUGCAGUGGCUCUGAAUUUCGGUUUGCUCCGUUUUAAAAGUUUCAACGAAACACCUCAAUAUUACAUGUUUUUUGAUAUUGGUUCAAUGAGCACAACUGCAACCUUAGCAGCCUACUCAUAUGGGAAACACAGAGAUGGAGAUGUUGUGGCAGAUUUCCCGAUGUUGAGGAUUGUAAAUGUCAGUCAUGAUCCAACAUUCGGUACACAGGCUUUCAUUUAUCGAAUAAGAGAUCAGUUAUUGGAAAAAUUCUGUGAAAUAAAGAAAUUAGAUAAAGAUCUAGUGAAAAAAAGUCAUCGAGCUAUGUCUAAACUGGCUUUAGAGGCCUCAAAUGUGCUUACCAAACUUAGUGCAAAUUCCGAAAUAUUCGCCCAGGUUGAAAAUUUGUUCAAUGAAGAAGAUCUUAAUGUUAAAAUUACUCGUGCUGAGAUGGAAGCAUUUUGUUCUGAUCUGUUCGAGAGAGUUAAACGACCGUUUUUCGAUAUCAUGGUCGAUUUUUCAAUGGAGUCAUUACAAGAAGUUAUUUUAAUGGGUGGAGGUACACGAAUCCCAAAAAUUCAAUCUGUUCUAAUCGAGUAUAGUCAAAAGUCAGAAUUACACCGAGGUGUUAAUAGUGAUGAUGCUGCCGCAUUAGGUGCCGUGUAUCAAGCUGCAUUUCAUACUCCUGGGUUUCGUGUUACUCGUUUCAUUGUUAAAGACUAUAAUCUUUAUCCUAUUGCUGUUGAUUUUAUGCGUGCUCCACCGUUACCAAGCGAUAAGUCAGACAAAGAUUCACAUAUCGAUGAUCAACAGGAUGGAUCUUAUGUUCGACAAGUUCUUUUUCCCCGUGGAGCUAUUUUUCCUCAAAAACGCGCAAUCAAAUUCAAUCGACAUAUUAAUGACUUAGACUUCUAUGUUAAUUAUGUCGAUCUUGAUGGAGAUGCUGCUCGUUUCCAAGGUCCAAACUACAAUCUUAGUCAUAUCACUACGAGAAAUGUAUCAAAAUCAGCUAAACACUAUUCGUUUGCUGAGCCUCGAGGUGUCAAAGCACAUUUUAUUAUGGAUCACAAUGGAAUUCUUGUUCUUAGCGGUGUAAGUUGUAUAUUUCAUCCUAUUGAAAAAAAAGGAAUAUCUAAUGAUUCAAAUAAGGCGAAAUCUACUUUUGAAAAAAUUGGUAGUACUUUAAGUGGAUUAUUUGGUGGAGGUGACGGUGCAAAUGUUGAUAAAAAUGUACCCGAACAGGAUACUGCUGUCAACACAACAGAUGAUGGUGGCGUUAAUUUGACUCAUGUCAAUACAGUGAAUAUUACUAAAAACUCUACCAUUUUAAACAACCAAACUAUUUCUGUUAAUGACGAUAACGUAUCUGGCAAAGAUCAAUUAACAGUAGAUGUAAAGUCUACAGGACCAUUUUUUGAACCUAUCGACUAUGAAGUUGUUUAUUUAGAUUUUCCUGACUUGACUGCUAAAGAAUCAAUUGUGUCACAAUCUAAAUUGGAGAAGUUACGUGAAGCAGAUAAAGAGAGAGCUGCUUUAGACCAGUCUAUUAAUCUGCUUGAAACUUUAUUGCUCAAUACAAAUGAUAUGAUUUCAACUGAUUAUAAGAAAUAUGGUACUGAAGAGGAACUUAAACAGUUAGAUAAUGUAUUACAAAUCGCAUCCAGUUGGUUUGAUGAACAAGGUCAUACUGGUCUAAAGAAUGAUUAUGAUAUCAGAAUAAAAGAAAUCCAAUCGUUAAUUAUUCCCUUUGAGAGAAGAUCUACUGAGAUUAAACAUCGUGCGAAAGCAAUACUAUCGUUUAAUAAAACAAUCGAAUUAGCCCAAAAAACAUUAAAUGAAAUGGUUGAAUUAUCAAAACUUUUUUCGCAAACAUUGAGAACCACUCUAUCUGAACAACAACAAAAUCAGAAUGCAUCAAAUAAUAGCUCUGAACAAACUUCAGAAGAAUCAUCACCAUGGAAAAAUAUCUUCACUGAAGUUGAAAUUGAUACACUAAGAAAUAAACUAGGUGAAUCAAAGUGUUCAUACGAAUGAAUGUAUGUUGAGUAAAGAACUAUGUUAUUAUGUCAUUUAUGGGGACUCCCCAUAUAUAAUUGGAACAUAACAAUGAGAUUUCCAUUCAUAUGAUUAAUUGAAAUGAUAGAUUGAUAUUAACCACUGUUCGAACCUUGGGAUAUGUAAUUGUAACUUUAUUGGUUAAACUGUUUGCAUUCAUAUAUAAUUCUAUCCAUGUAAAUUUUCUACAUAUUUGCGCUUGUUUAUGUUCGUUUGUCUAUUUUACUCUGUCUACUUUCGUAUAUGCUUUGACUAUUAACAGUCAAAUACCAUAAACCACAUGCAUAAAGUAUACAUAUUCGAGAAACUAUUCGUUUCCAACUUUUUAUUUCUAUAGAUAUUUAUACCAAGGUUGAACUUGAUAGUUUCAAAUGAAUUGAGUAUUGGGUAGAGUUAAUUAUACAUAUAUAUACUUUGUAACAAUGUAACAGGUCGCACGUCAGUCAGUCAGUAACAACGUAGAACUUCGUACGUACGUACAUCAGUUCGAGUUGCCACACCACGUUAGCACAGAAAUGCAGUUGUCGAUUCAAAUCCCGUAGUUAUAGAGGCGGUAAGAGUAUAAGCAAUAAUCGGAAAGAUUAGGGUUUGAAGAUGUUAUUUAAAGAGUAUAAUCCAGUGAAAUAAAUUUGGAAAGAGGAAAAAAGUGACAAGGAGGAUUCUGGAGAUUAGAAUUCGGGAGAACAAGAGUAUAUCCGAAGUUAGUCAGAAUACGUAUUUCAUCGAUGGUCAUCCUGUGAAAUCAGCUAGGGUGAUUAUAUCAAUAUUAGGUUUUAUAUAAUCAUUGAUUGAAUGUAAAUGGCACUUUUCACUGCUUGCUUGAUGCAAUAAAAGUUAUCAUAUUUUUGUUGACAAAAAGGUAGUGAGGUAAAGUGUGAACGAGUUUCAGUUAUUCUUUACCAUAUCGUAUACUUCAUACAUUAUAUGUACGUAUACAUACAAAUUACUUUCAGACUUGGUUAGCUGAAUCUACCGAAGUUUUAAACAAAUCUCCAACAUACGAAGAUCCUCCGAUUUUGGUUUCUACUAUUCGAAGUAAAGAAGGUGAAUUGUCCCGAGAAAUCAGCUAUCAUACCACUAAAAUGAAUUUAUGGAGAUCAGAAAUUGCUCGUAUGUUUGCUGAGCAAAGCAAAAUGAAUACUGCAGAUCCACUAAAAGAUAAAAGCCAAAUCCCAACUAGUACCAGUGGUGAUGAUAAAACUAUUUCUGGAACUGUUAAAACAGAUGAAGAGCCUACAACAAAAACAACAGAAGAUACUACGCGAACACCAAGACCGGAGUUGUAAUAUCACGUGUAAUUCCAAACAAAUUGAGAUAAAAUCGGCUGAAGAUGAGAUGUUUUAAUGUUGAUUGAAUAUUGCAGUCCCAUUUCAUCUUAGUCUGUUUUCAUUAAACUUUAUCUUUUGCUUACUCUGUAUUCACAUAUUAAUAUUUUUACUGUGAUGUCUUCUUCAUUGUUUGUGUAAAUUUCUUUCAUUCAUUGUUUUCUAAUCCAAAACACUUGGUAGUAGUAUUGUAAGCGUUACUUGCAUUGUUGGUAUAAAUAUAUGUAUUUUUUAU